AUGGCACAUCGAGAACGUCGUUCUAAUGCUGGCAAUCGUAUGGCGAAAUUGUUAGACGAAGAAGAAGAAGAUGAUGAUUUCUAUAAAACUACUUACGGUGGUUUCCAGGAUAUAGAAGAAGAUCGAGAAUAUGUAGAAGAAAAGGAAGUUGAGGAUGUAGUUGAUUCGGAUUUUGAUAUUGAUGAAAAUGAUGAGCCAACUUCGGAUCAUGAAGCAGAAGCUAAAGAGAAAAAGAAAGUUAAUAGUAAAGCUUACAAGGACCCAAAUAGAAAAAAGAAAUCAGAGAAAAUAAAGAAGACAAUAACGAGAAAAUCUAAGGAAACCAAACCAAAAGAUGGAGUUGAGAAAUUAGACAAAAUUGACAAAUCUCUAUUAGAUACAUCAAUAGAAAGAAAGUCAAUAAGACAAAGUACAGCGGUAAAAUCAGCAGAAACACUGCAAAGAAUUAAAAUAAGGUCAGAACUAAAGAAGAAAAAGCCUAAAAAAGUGGAAGAGCGUGUUCUCACGCAAGAGGAAUUGCUCGAAGAGGCUCUUAUAACAGAGAAAGAGAAUCUUAAAAGUUUAGAGAGGUUUGAACAGAGUGAAAUAGAAAGGAAAAAGAUACGACCUAUUAAGAAAACCAUCACUGGCCCUGUUAUUAGAUACCACUCGUUUGCAGUACCAGUAAUAAUUGAUGUGACGCCGGAGAACAAGCCUAGUGUCUCUGCUACUACGGAUAUUAAAUUAAGUGAUAUUAUCAAGAAGGAAGAAUGUUUAACGCCAGGUGAUUUAAGUGAGGCUUACACCCCAAUAACAGAAGCUAAAGCCGAGUGGGAGGAGAAAAAGAGUGAUAUGCCUAAAAUAGACCUAAAUGUUGUCGGUCCUGAUGAAGAGAUUAGAAUUGAAGAUGUGUCUAUGAAAGAAGAAAAAUCUUCAAAGCCCAAAGAAAAUGUGAAAUAUCACGAAAGAACGUUGAUUUCAUUUGAAAACGACAUCAAAGAUGUAGCUUUCAACGCUUGUUUCCCACAAAACAAGCCCAAGAGACGGCGAGAACUCUUAUGUGCUGUUACUAAGAGACCCGCCCGCUAUAUAGAUCCAAUAACAAAACUCCCAUACAGAAGUGUAGAUGCAUUCCGUAUUAUACGUGAAGCGUACUGCCAGCAGUUAGAGGCUAGAGGGGACCGGAGCGACCACAAACUGACCGCUUGGUUGAAGGCUAGGAGAGCUCAUACUGCUUCGUCGUAUGUACAAAUACAUAUUAAA